AUGCCCUCCUCGCUCACGUUGAUCUUCAUGGCCAUCUUUUGCUUGGAAACAUUGGCUGCAAUGCUUCAGAAUGGCUUCUUGGUCACCAUGCUGGGCAGGGAGUGGGUGAGGUGCCGGACGCUGCCUGCAAGUGACAUGAUUAUGGCUGGUCUUGCUGCAUCCCGGUUCUGCCUGCAUGGGUUAGCCAUGGUGAACAACCUCCUGGCCUCCCUAGAUUUUUGGCAUGCAGUUAUCUGUUUGAACAUUUUCUGGGACCUUUCCAAUGCCCUCACUUCAUGGUUUACUGCCUUGCUUGCUGCUUUCUACUGUGUGAAGAUCUCAUCUUUCUCCCACCCCAUCUUCGCCUGUCUGAAGUGGAGGAUCUCUCGGUCAGUGCCCAAGUUGAUGCUGGGCUCCCUGAUUAUCUGUGGCCUGGAAGUCAUCUUAUCAGCUGUUGGGAAUAUACUGUUUGGUUACGUGAAGUUGUCUCUCAGUUCCUACAGAAAUGAAACUCUAAUUUAUAGAGCACAGGAUUCGUUUCAGCUCUACUUUUUGCUUUAUGAAGGGCUUGUGUUGUCAAUUCCAUUCCUCCUGUUCCUAGUGUCCACAGUCUUGCUCAUAGUGUCACUGUGUGGGCAGUUGGGGCAGAUGAGGGAACACACGCCCAGCCCCUGUGUUCCCAGCACCCAGGCUUACACUGUGGCUUUAAAGUCGCUCACCUUCUUCCUUAUCUUCUGUACAUUAUACUUCCUGUCCUUGUUUGUUUCUGCUUUGAAAGUCAUAAACUUUCAGAAUCACUGGCAUUGGGCCUGGGAAGUGCUAAUCUAUGCCAACAUCUCUCUACACUCUACUUUCCUGGUGCUGAAAAGCCCCAAACUGAAAAAGAGCCUGAAGACAUGGUUUCGGCUCCAGUGCCCAUGUGCUGCUGGCUCAUAG